AUGGAAACGUUAGGAUUAAUUAGUCUUGUUCCACCAAUAGGAUUAACAACAAAGAUUGUCACUAUUUAUGGUCAACUACAAUUUGAACAAAAUCAACCGAUUAAAAGUCAUGGUAGUGAUUCAACAUUAGAUACAUCGAUAUUUCCAGAUAAUAUUCAGCCACUUGAUAAUAUACUUUCAAAUUAUUUUUCACGAACUUAUUAUACAUUAUUCAAACAACAAUAUAUACAAUGGACGUCAUCUAUACAGGAACCAUCUACUUUGCAAGUAACGGUUGUUUUAAACGUUGGAAGACAGACAGUACGAUAUGUACCAUCAUUUUGGGAAGAAUUUAAAUGGGGACUUAUUCAAUAUACUGCCGUUUUAAUACCACUCUUGUUUCUUAUAAACAAAGCUAAAGAAUUUUUAUUUGCUAAUCAACUGGUAAGAACCAUUGUUCAUACAUCUAAUAAUAAAAGGCAUAAAGCUUAA